CAUUAAAAUUAAACCGGAAUAUUCACUCACUGUGGGUUUGGAUUUGGACAUUUCCCUAACCAUGGAUGCCACCCAGCUGACGGAACUGAUGACCAGUCAUGACUUUAUGCAGUUGCAGCAGCAGUUGCAUCACAACAAUAACAAUUACAAUACGGACGGACAUAAUGGCCUGUCGCCAGAAUCGGCGGAGGGAGCCUCCCGACCGGUGCGACGAGCCACCAGACGCACCUCACAGGUAAGCAAUAACACCUACGACCUCGAGAUGACGGACUCAAGUUCGCAGAGCGAUGAUACGAGUGGUGGUGGUGGCAGCAGUAAUGGAGGCGGCAGCAGCACCACCAACAACGGUCAUCCACCAGGAGGCUCCCAGGGCGGACAGGGAUCCCUUGGUCGAGGAAGGAGCCAGCAGGCCGGCUCUGGCUGCGGAUCCAACCUCACGCCCAAUAGCGCUAAUUCCAGCUCCUCCAAUGCAAACGCCAAUGCCAAUCGGCGGCGCAAGGGAGCGCUGAAUGCCAAGGAGCGAAACCUGCGGCGCCUGGAGUCCAAUGAGCGCGAGCGGAUGAGGAUGCACAGCCUAAACGAUGCGUUCCAGUCGCUGCGCGAGGUCAUUCCGCACGUGGAGAUGGAACGGCGUCUGUCCAAAAUCGAGACCUUGACGCUGGCCAAGAACUACAUCAUCAAUCUGACGCACAUCAUUCUGUCCAAGCGCAACGAGGAGGCGGCAGCCAUGGAGCUCAACUCCGGGGCCGUUGGCGGUGUUCUGCUCUCCAAUCUCACAGCAGACAGCGGAGGGGUUAGCGGAACAGCAAAUGGUACAAAUGGAAAUACCAGUGCCACAACGCUUUGCUUUGAGGAUGCCCUGACCAAUGGCGGGGCCUUCGACUGCGCCCUCCUGGCCGCCACCGAUGGCAGCUUGCUGAACGCUGCCGCCGUGACAGCCACUUCCACGAUGCAGAGCCUCCAGCCGCAGACGAUGCACAUGCAGACGCCGCUGGAGCAGCAGCAGCAGCAAGGCACUCACCUGCCGCCGCACCAGCAUCAGCAGACGAUGCUGGGUCAUGGCCACAUGGGAGCCGGCAUGAUGCAGCCCCAGCAGCAGCAGCAGCAGCAACCUACGCUCAUACUCAAUGGGAACACGGCGGUGGGCGUGGGCGUUGGGAUCGGUGUGGGCGUGGGCAAUAAUGGCGCAACUUUCGCGGAUAUCAAUGACAACUUUGACGAGCCUUUCCGGGAGUUUCUCUAA